CCACACUGUUCACGCGCUCACACACAUUGCAGACGGUAUCGGUGGCGAGAGCUGGAACUAUCCACUUAUGCCUCUUCUUCUUUUAUGUGCUUUAACUGCUUCUUAAAAACGUCGAGGGAAUCUCUUGACCUCCGCCGUUGGGUUUUUUGUUUUGUUUUGCGGGCAUAGUCACAGGAUUGUUUUGUGAUGGGUGGUGGAAACGAAUCACGGAUUUUUUCUCUUUUUAUGGAGACACCAAAGUGAGCAGAUUUCCUACUGCUGAAAAAAGCAAGUUUUGUCUUGACAAGAAGCAAAUGGUGGAAUAGAGGAUUCUUUAGGGGCGAAGGAUACUCACUCCUGAGAAUAACCGAAAUCGUGCAAAACACACAGUUUUCCAACCAGAAAAGGGGGUUCUCGAGCACAAAAUUGGAUUUUACAUUUUGGCUGACUGACGCAGCAUCGUUUUGGAGUAUCUUAUUUCGGAGAUGUGCAACAUUUUACUGUACAUUACAGGGGGAAGUAACUAUAUAUUCUAAUGCAAAAUUGGACCAGACGAAGUUAUGGAGAUGCCAAUGAAAUAAAACCCAUAUCUCCAGGCCAAAUGACCGCUUCCGCUCGUUCUCCAAUCUGACUACCUUAUUUAUGACAUGGAAAAACGAGGACCCCACAGCGUCCUUUAUUAUUUGAUUCUGAAUGCACCUUUGCUAUUCUGUGUAAAUGCCGCAUUUACUGAAGUGCCCAAAGAUGUGAGUGUCAGUGAGGGUGAGGACAUCGAGAUGCCGUGCGCUUUUCGAGCUGUCGGAGUCUCGCCGUUCUCUCUGGAGAUUCAAUGGUGGUACCUCAAGGAAGCAGCCCCUAAAGAGCUCUCACACGAACUGCAAAUUAGCGCUCCGGUCAACAGAGCCAAGGUUGCCCACAGGGACGCUACGAAAAUAAGCACGGUGAGAGUCCAGGGCAAUGCCAUUUCCCACAAGCUAAGCCUAUCGGGUGUGCGGAAGGAGGACGAGGGAGUGUACGAGUGUCGGGUUUUGGACUUGUACUCUGACGAGUCUCAGGAAUACAAGGUGCAGGCCACUCUGCGCGUGACUCCGCACGAGGGGAUGCUGGCCGAGGAGGCCGUGUCUCACAUCCAGAAUCGGUGGCCACUGAGGAACAGCAACACGGCGACGGGUGAACGGGCCACCUCUGAGCCGGGUCAGGGAAAAAACCGCGUGCCUCCGCAUGUCGGAAUUGGACCCGCUCCCGCCUCAACGACUAAAACUGCCUCUGCAGUCAAGUCUUCAGCUUCGCCUCAGCCGGGCAAUUCAUCCAUCCUGAGACAACAGCACGGAUCCGGUUCCAGAAAAAUGGCAACAACUGAGCCACUACUUUACAUCACUCUGCUGAUCCUGCAUAAGAUCCUCACCUUCCUGUUUGCCUACUAAGAGACCACAGCCAAACAACUUGCAAUGAUUUCACUUUAUAUACCAAAUGACAAAGGAAAAAUAUGACUAUGUGUG